GAUAUGAUUGAGGGUAGCCCACACUCAAUAAGUCUAUAUAUACCAUUCAUCGUCUAUCUUAUUUAAGCACAACUCAACAAGAUACAAAUAACAAGGUUAUGUAAUUCCAUGCCUUGUAACUAAACAACCUUCCUCCCUCCCUCCUGUCACACCACACUGUCGUCAUGGCUGACCGGAAAUCCGAAGAAAAUGGUGUCUCGGUUAAGUCCAAAGAACUCAUCACCGACUUCGAUCCACCAAAACCACCAAAGAGGAACAAGUACGCUUUCGCUUGUGCCAUGUUGGCUUCCAUGACUUCGGUCUUGCUCGGUUAUGAUAUUGGUGUGAUGAGUGGGGCGCAAAAAUACAUAGAAAGAGAUCUUGAUUGUACUGACACUCAAAUAGAGAUUCUAGUCGGCAUUCUAAACCUGUACUCGUUGGUCGGCUCAGCCGCCGCUGGCAGAACUUCCGACUGGAUUGGCCGUCGCUACACCAUCGUCUUGGCCGGAGCUAUUUUCUUUGUCGGAGCAAUCUUGAUGGGGUUCGCUACUAACUACGCGUUUCUCAUGGUUGGUCGGUUCGUAGCCGGUAUCGGUGUCGGAUACGCCCUUAUGAUAGCGCCGGUGUACACCGCCGAGGUUUCGCCGGCGUCGGCACGUGGGUUCCUCACCUCCUUCCCGGAAGUCUUCAUUAACGCUGGAAUAUUGCUCGGGUACGUGUCGAAUUACGCCUUCUCAAAGCUUCCGCUUCACUUGGGUUGGCGAUUUAUGCUAGGAGUGGGAGCGAUCCCAUCGAUAUUCCUAGCGUUGGGCGUCCUUGGCAUGCCUGAGUCACCGCGGUGGCUCGUCAUGCAAGGACGACUAGGUGAUGCUAAAAAAGUCCUUGAUAAGACCUCUGAUAGCUUAGAAGAAUCUAAGCUUCGGUUGGCUGACAUCAAGGAAGCUGCUGGCAUCCCCGAAGACUGUAACGAUGAUGUUGUCCAAGUGUCAAAGCGAAGCCACGGUGAAGGCAUAUGGAAGGAGCUGUUAAUCCACCCGACACCAACUGUCCGCCACAUCUUACUUGCGGCUGUAGGUAUCCAUUUUUUCCAACAAGCGAGUGGUAUAGAUGCGGUUGUGUUAUACAGUCCGAGAAUCUUUGAGAAGGCGGGGAUCGUUAAGGACACCCCACAAUUACUUGCAACCAUAGCCGUUGGGUUCGUGAAAACAGUGUUUAUUCUGGUGGCCACGUUCUUCCUCGACAAAGUCGGACGUCGUCCACUUUUAUUAGCUAGUGUAGGCGGCAUGAUCGCAUCGUUAACGACAUUAGGGUUCGCAUUGACCAUCAUAGAUCACUCGGAUGACAAGAUCACAUGGGCUAUAGCUCUCUGUUUUAUCGGGAUCCUAUCCUAUGUGGCGUUUUUUUCAAUCGGGAUGGGACCAAUCACUUGGGUCUAUAGCUCGGAGAUAUUUCCGUUAAGGCUUCGAGCCCAAGGGUGUAGCAUGGGGGUGGCAAUGAACAGAGUGGUGAGUGGUACGAUCGGAAUGACAUUUAUAUCCUUGUACAAGGCGAUUAGCAUCGGCGGGGCUUUUUUUGUAUUCACGGGUGUCGCAGCGGUAGGGUUCGUCUUCUUUUAUACCCUAUAUCCUGAAACAAGAGGAAAAAACCUUGAAGAAGUAGAGAAGGUGUUUGGGACCUUUUUUAGCUGGAGAUCAAGGCAAGCAGAAUUGGAUAGGCAAAAAGAAGCAGUUGUUGCUGAGAAGUAAUUUUAGGGUUUAGGGUAUAGGGUUUACGAUUAUAGCUAUUAUGUUUUUACAAGAAAAAAUGAUAUAAGUGUAAUAUUGUUACCGUAUACAAUAUAAAUGUAAUAAUAAUAACACUGUUUAUGUUUCGAUGCCUU